AGAGAAUCGGUCCUGUUUUAAUCCUUUAUUACAAUAACUGGCCGAGAACAGGACCGAUUCUCUUAGGUAACUUCAAACAAUUGAAAUAUAAACAUUUUUUUAUGAUCCAAAGGUAAUAUUUUUUUCUUUAUAAACAUCGAGGUUUAUAAAGAAAAAAAUAUUACCUUUGGAUCAUACGAAAAUGUUUAUAUUUCAAUUGGUUGAAGUUACCUAACAGAAUCGGUCAUGUUUUAAUCCUUUAUUACAAUAACUGGCCGAGAAUUUUGGACAAGGAAGUAAUUGGCCCAUCUUUUUUCCGUAUUGGACGUGCUGGUUCCCCUCUUCUACAUGUGUUCCUUCACGGAGAAAAUAUAUUUUAAGUCUUACUAAUUCAAUUAGACCGUAACAAAUUUCCAUUUGUAAAUGGACUUAAUCCCAAGUUGAGAAUUCAUUCGUCAAUGGAUUUUAAAAGCGAAAUGUUCAGCUUAAAAUACAUAAUAUUAAUAGGCUAUCUAAGUGCUAGUAUAAUUUCGAUCCAAGGAUUUUCCAAAGCGGUUCCAAAAUUAUCAUAUGCCGCCUCGACAGUGGCACUGAUGAAGCUUUUGGAGGUUGAAGAUGAGCUGGUGGCGAACCUAAAGGGUUUCGUGGAAGCAUUGAACAAAAAACUUCAUUUACUGGAACAAUCCCUAUUAACUAUGAAUUCUGAACACAUCGAAAUGAAAAAGGACUAUGAAACGUUCUUGGGAAAUCCCGUGAAUAGCUUUCGACUUAUACAUCGCCUACAUACGAGUUGGGAGAAAUGGCAUCAAUAUGCCUUUAAGACCCAUAAGGAUGCAUUAGUAUAUAUUGAGAAGGCGCAUCUUUUGAGAACGCGCUUACCCACUUCAUUGGAUUUAGAAGACGCCUGUCGGGGCAUUGAUGAGCUGAUGUCCUUUUAUGAUCUCAAACCUGGCGAACUAGCAGUUGGUAAUUUGGCAGGAUAUUUGAAGCUUGAGACAGCACUGUCAGGACUUGAUUGCUUAGCUCUGGGAGAGUUCAGCAUCCGAAAUCGAAAGGAAGAUCUGGCCAAAGCUUGGUUUGUGAACUCUUUGGCUCAACUCACAAAUGACACACAUCACAGUUACUCAGUUCACGAGGCGUUGGGAGUACUCCUGAUAAAUGAUGGAAAUCUAACUGGUGCCUCUAAUCACUUCCAAGAAAAGCCAAGAGGAGUAAGAGAAAAUAGUGUACAUACACAUUUUAAGGGUGUGUUAGCCACCAACCGGAAUUGCAGUGCUGUUGUCCAGAAACCAAGUCGACUACACUGUCGCUACAACAGCAGCACGACGACCUUUGCGCGGAUUGCCCCUCUGAAAAUGGAGGAACUUAGUACAGAUCCUUAUAUGGUGUUUUUCCACGAUGUGAUUUUCGACAGCGAAAUCGAUUCGAUUCUGAACUCAAGUGCUUUUACCUUAUCCCUUGUUGAUGACGGUCAGAAAUCAGAUAUUAGAUCAUCAAAAGACUCAUACAUCGGGCAAGUCGCAAAAUUGGAGGAACGUGUAAGUGAUAUGACCGGUCUAAGUAUGGCGGGAAGCGAAGAGUUCUCGCUGAUUAACUACGGCUUAGGUGGUCACUAUAUAUUGCACCAUGACUACCAUGACAUAACGGAUAAAAACCGACCAACUCAUGGGGAGCGCAUAGCAACUGUUUUAUUUUACCUGGGUGACGUUGACUCGGGUGGCGCAACGAUCUUCCCGCUAAUGAAUAUUACAGUUACGCCCAAAAAGGGAUCGGCGGUCUUCUGGUACAAUCUUCACAACUCGGGAGCUAUGCAUAGUAAAACCCUGCACUCAGCCUGUCCAGUGAUUAGUGGUUCUAAAUAUGUGCUCACAAAAUGGAUAAACGAAUUGCCCAACCUGUUUUUGGUUCCAUGCAUGAAAAAUUCAAACCUUCACCCGAAAAAUAGAUAAUUCAAUAAUCCGGUAAAAUCUGAUUUAUCAAGUAGUGUUAUACUGAUUUCGAAAAACAUGUUUUUUAAUAUUAACUAAUAUUAUAUAAACUAAGAACU